AUGGCUUUACAUGAAAACGUUCAGCCCAAGGAAUCUAUAGAGGGAGACGGCCGGGAACAUCACCUUGAUGAGAAAGACGGGGGCAACGACGAAGUGUUAGUUGGAGCCGCACCAGUUUCAGAAAUCAAUCUCGAAGAACAGCGAGAUCAACAUGAUCCAACAAAGUCUUCAGCCUCGGCAACGGAGCCUCCAUCAGAAAGUCCAGGAGGUCUUCAUCAGCAGCAGUACUCGGUAUACAGCACCAACGAGAAGCGACUGAUCAUCUUCGCGGGCUCUCUGGCAGGGUUUUUCUCGCCCUUGUCAUCGAGCAUUUAUUUCCCGGCGCUGAACACCAUCGCUGCGGCGCUGCAUGUGUCGGGUUCGAAAAUCAACCUGACGGUCACAUCGUACGUUAUCCUCCAGGGAAUAGCGCCUAUGAUGAUUGCAGGAUUCUCGGACAACGUGGGCAGACGACCGGCGUAUGUGAUCUGCUUUACGAUCUUCAUGUUUGCGAAUCUUGGACUGGGGCUGCAGAAUAGCUAUGCGGCGUUACUUGUCCUCCGUUGUCUGCAGAGCGCUGGCAGUAGUGGUACGGUUGCAUUGGCGAAUGGGCUUGUGGGCGAUACGGUGACGUCGGAGGAGCGAGGUGCAUAUAUUGCAUUUGCGUCGCUGGGUGGGCUGCUCGGGCCGGCGGUUGCGCCCAUCAUCGGUGGCGCGAUCAGUCAGACGCUCGAUUGGCACUGGAUCUUCUGGAUUCUUCUCAUCUUUGCCGGGGUUUUCUGCGUUCCGUUGUUCCUGUUCUUGCCGGAGACUUGUCGCAAGGUUGUCGGGGAUGGUUCCAUCCCCCCGCCCAGGUGGAAUUGGUGCCUGACUGAUAGUAUUCGCUACCGACGUCGGCAGCAGAAGGGGAUCGAGAUCGACAGGGUAAAGCAAGCCCAGCUCCAUGAAACAUUCCGGUUUCGUUUUCCGAAUCCGAUACCUACUCUACUUAUCAUCUUUGAUCCAGAGUCACUAAUUAUACUGGUCGCCACCGGGCUGUGCCUUGCAUGUUUCUAUGCAAUUUCUACGGGGGCAGCGUCGACAUUUGGUGAUGUGUAUGGAUUUGAUGAUAUCAAAAUCGCACUCGUAUUUAUCCCCAUAGCGGUUGGAGGCGCGCUUUCGGCGCUUACAACAGGGAAGAUGAUCGACUGGAACUAUCGCAGAUAUGCUCGCAAACGAGGCAUUACCAUUGUCAAGGGCGUCCGUCAAGAUCUUAGCGAAUUUCCAAUCGAGAGAGCCCGCAUGGAAGUGGCCAUACCGGUGAGCGUUCUCACUGCGGUGCUAAUGAUUGGGUAUGGGUGGGCAAUCGAUCAAAAAGUCAGUUUGGCCGGGCCUAUGAUAUUGCUGUUUCUGCUCGGAUAUGCAACGAUUGCGACGUAUCAGACAUACAAUGUGCUGAUGGUGGACAUCUGGCCGGAGAAGUCGGCGGCAGCAUCAGCCGCAAACAAUUUUGUUCGAUGUAGUCUCGGGGCAGCGGCAUCCGCAGCGAUCGACCCCAUGAGCAAGGCAAUGGGCAGAGGCUGGGCAUACACGACAGUAGCACUGCUCCAGGCAGCAGCUGUGCCCUUUCUAGUUGUGUUGAUGUCACGUGGGGUGCAGAUGAGGAAAGCUAAGGCGGAGAGGCGCCUUCGCAAAGAGAUCCGUAAGGAGGGAGACAGGGAGGAGGCCAGGGAAACCUUGAACCAGAGUAUCCUAGCGAGUAGAAAACAUCCGGCCGGCGGUCCUCAGUCCUGA